CAUACCGUUCGAAAUCCAAACAGAAAUCAUGAAGAGGCUUCCUGUGAAGUCGUUGCUUCGAUUCCGAUCUGUCUCCAAAUCAUGUAAGUCUCUGAUCGACAGCUCUGAUUUUAUUAAGCAUUAUAUCGGCCAACAGCAGCAUCUGCUUGUACGUUGUUAUGAUAACGUUGCACAUUUUGAAAAACAACCCAUGUCCAUUGUUGAUGAUGAUAGUUUACUCACACAGACAGCUUCCUCCGUUACUCUUCCCUCAUUGGUUGAAUAUCCCAACUUAAUCGGCACCUCUCACGGCUUGUUCUGUUUCUACGGCCCCUCCUCGGGCAGGGCUGUUAUCUUCAAUCCUUGUAUUAGAAAAACACUUGCUUUUGCUGUCCCUCGUGUCACCAAUGAUCGCUUAUAUCAAACCGUUAUAGGUUUUGGGGUUUGUCGUCACACCACUGACCCUAAGAUUGUCAAGAUUACACAAACUAUAAAAAGCGAUAGACAUAUCAAUAGUCCUUGGCAAGUUGAGGUGUUUACGGUAAGCACAAGUACCUGGAGAAGUGCAUAUAGCACCAAUCUCCCUCGUAACUCGAUUGGUAUCUAUAAGAAUCAGGUGGUUGUAGAUAGGUGUCUCUAUUGGCUUGCUAGUGAUGGGUGUUCUUAUUUGAUUGUUUCGUUUGAUCUGACAAGUGAAGAAUUUAAAGAGGUAAACCUUCCGGAUGCCCAGUUUCGUGGUAGUUUGGCUUUGUCCUUGUAUAAGCUAAGGGAGUCCCUUGCUGCGAUUAAAGAUGGUAUGGAGGCCAAUAAACGAGUUUAUCAUGUAUGGAUGAUGCAGGAUGAUUCGUUUAUAAAGCUCUACACUAUUAAUAGUCGUCACUCACCAGAUGUAUCCAUAUUGCGUGUGUGUGGAUUUAGGAAGACAGGUCAACCUUUAAUCGAAUUAUCAGAAGCUCAUCCUGGAUCUACUAGUAUACUUGCUGCUUAUGAUCCCUACUCUAAAUCCAUCACUAAUAUUAGGAAUGAUGGAAAUUAUUCUUCAUCUACUGUGUAUUCCUACAUGGAAACACUACUACUUCUUUGAUCAGCCCGCUUUUACUUCUGCUUUUGAAACAUACAAGCAAGGUUUGAGCAUGUCGAAAGGAGGGCGUUUGGACUUUGGAGCUUCCAGAAAACUUUGUUUAGCUAACACAAUGGACUACUUACUAAAGAAAUUAUGUUGACCUUUAUUUUUUUGAAGAUAUAUCUAGAGGUAAGAUAAUCCGUGAUAAUAACAAUGUUUUUUUUAUGUAAUGUGUAGUGAAUUAUUUCAUUCCAUACUGGGUGAUACCUUUAGUUAAGCUUUGCAUGUCAAAAGUCAAUAGUAACAAAAUGUCAAUCGAAAUCAAAUCUCAGUUUGAGCUUAAAUUGGAGUGUAAUUGUUAGCCAGAUAUGGUAUUUGAAUGGGUUAUCAGAUGGUUGGUCAAUAGAUUAAUGCAGUUGAUAUAGUCAAAGAUGGGCUUCUGUUGACUAGUUCAUGGCUGUAUAUUGUAAAAGAGAUCUUGUUUGGAAGUCUAUAUGGUUUGGCAACAACAGUAGUAAAUGGGCAGUGGUAAUAUGAACAUCAACAUAUUAACGCAGUUGGAAGAACCUGAGACCGUGAUCGUUUCCAAUGGUAGUGGAAAUAGGAGGAAGGAUACUAGAAUACCCUUCUCUCCUGUCAUUGGCACAGAGUAGCCUCGGAACUGCCAUUUUUUUUUUCAGCCUAGGCAGUGUGAUUUUGGUUUUCUUAAUUACAAUUUGCCGAAUUUGACCUAUUAAGAAUAUUAGGGGUUGUUUGGUAGCCUCUUAAUGAUUCCAUUAAGAGGCUACAUCUUAAUGGGUCAGAGUUAAGGGUGUUUGGUUUGCUUAGUGGACACAUCUGAAUGAUUAAGUGGGCCUCUGACCGAUUCAGAUUUGAAGAUAUCUCUGAAUGAAAACUUGACCUAAAUACCCACGCACGUCACGUUCCUCUCAUCUUUCUCUUCUUCUGGCGAUCAAGCGAACCACCACCAUCCAAGCACAUCAAGGCUUCGAUUACCCAAUUCCAAGCAAAUCUCGACAUCUGGUAAUAUCGCCUUCAUCUGCACUUGUUCUUACAUGUGUCCAUAUGUUUUUUUUAUUGAUGACCUAUAGUUUUUGAAUAAUAAUUGUUCAAGUUCCGUAUAUGAUCAGUGAAUCGCCUCGAUUUCACCUUUGAUUUACAUAUAUGUGUUCAUAUAAUUCUGUAGAUAUGAUGUGUUCAUAUAUGUUUUUGUUGACUAAACUUUAACCAUGUGUUUUUGUAUCUGAGAUUUUACUAGUUUGUAACCUACCACCCACCCACCCAUAAACAGCAAACAUUUUAAAUUGAAAGAAAGAAAAAAAUAAGUAAAGCUAGGCUAGGCUGAUUAUGAAGUUUCACCUUGGCUGAAGCAGAAUUCUCCUUCUUUCUUUUUUUACUUGGAUUAUUGCUGCUGCUGAUGCUUAAUUUUGCAGUGGAUCGAUUGUUCGCCAAAAGGCUUUUUUCUGUUUAGGUAUUUUUCUGUUAGAAACGUAUACUUUGGCUGGUGCUUCUUUCUCUUAUGUCGAUUUGUGUUAUUAGAAACGUAUACUUUAUCAACACAAUCUCUGUGUUUUACAGAUUCUUGACAAAAGUGAUACUAUCCUGCUUAUAAGUGAAGAGCUAGUCGCAACUGAUAUCCAAUCAUCAUAUACCCUAACUGAACAUAAAAACCAUAUGCUUAAUUAUUGAUGUGCUUGUAUGGUACUUGAUGUUUGACGUUAUUGAAUCUUGCUUUUAUUUUGUUUUGAUAUGUUCAAAGAAAUGGCACAUAAAAAGGGUAGGAUUAGUUGGAAGCAAGAGAGUGUUGACAAAACAUUUCUUGAAGCAUGUAUUGUAGAAGUAACACUCCAUGGCCGUGAAGGAAGCAGCCUUAAACAAAGCUCAUGGAAGAAUGUGGCGGAAAAGUUGAAAACUGAACACAAUUUCAUAGCGGAUCAAAAACAAAAAACAAAUGAAGAACCGCUAUGAUUAUCUAAAAUCAAAAUUUGCUGCUUGGUCAAAGCUUAAGAACAAAACCGGCAACGUUUAUAAUCCUGUAACAAACACCUUUA